GGGAUGUUUCAAAAAGGACAACCGUUCAAUUGAAAAUGCCAUGUCUUAAAAUUUAAGAUUAUCAUUAAUUCAAAUUCAGUUUUCAACAUAAAAACUGAACGAUAAUUAGCAAGGUGUACUACAGUGAUUGAAGUAUCAAUUAAUUGUUUUCUUUAAUUAAUCCAUGACAAAAAUACGUCGUUCUUUUGAAUAUCAGACCAUUAACUUAUUUUUAAUACAUUUGAUGUUAAUAAUUUAUCUCUUAUCUUCGAAUAUCGGUUUAAUGGUUGGUAUUUCUGGGUUCAAAAACAAUGAUAGAACUCCAUUAUUUAUGGAAAAUGUGUUACCAAAUUAUUUGGAUUUUCUUCACUGUAUCUUCUAUCAAUCCCAUCAUAACUAUCAUGAAUAUCAUUUAUGUUGGAAUAUCUAUAGUGAUGACUUGAAAUCACAUCAUUUGGAUGGGUAUUUUGAUUAUAUAUACAAACUACAUAAUUGUUGUAAUAAGCCAACCACUAAUCAUUGUUCAAAAAAUUAUCAAAAAUGGUUAUUUAAUAUUCAAAAACGACAACAAAAUCAAAUGAUUAAAAAAAUUACAAAUUCAAAUAAUAUUCAACAAAGAUUAAAACAGUUUCAUAAAUUUCAUACAUUUAAACAAAAAUCUUUACAAUAUUCAAAAUUUAAUAAAAUCAAUUAUUAUAAAAAUUUACCAUUUUAUUUAAAAAAUGAAAGUUUUAUAAAUAAUCAUAAUUUAAUUAAAACAAAUCAAAUCAUUUUAUCAAAAUGGUUAAAUCAAUUAAUCUAUUCAAAAAAUUUAACGAAAAUUAUUAAUUUAACUGAACAAUUUACACAUUUAAUAAUAGAUUUAGCAUAUGAAAGAAUUAAACUUAUACUUUUAUAUGAAUUUCGUCGUAUAUUAAAAAAUGUAUUUGAUAUAGAAUCAUUAAAUGAAAAAUAUUAUACUAAAUCUACUAUAUCUAAAGAAUUAUGGAAUAAUAUAAUUUAUAAUAAACUUUAUACAGAAUAUAUUUUUAAUGAAUUAGAUGUACCUGUUUUACCAAUUAAAUCUGAAUUAAUACAAUCAGUUUUUAAUGAAAUUGAUUAUAAUGGAGAUGGAAUUUUCACACCAUCGGAAUUGGAAAUAUUUUUACAAUUUCAUGAGAUAAUGCUUUAACUGGUCAAUUCACUUUUUAGCAAAGCGGUGUGCAAUUUAAACAGCGAACAAGAGAUUUUUGCAAAGUGAGGUGACUAUUCGAGGAGGGAAUAUGAAGAAACAAAACAGUAAAAACAGAAUAGAUAUUUCAUGUGGCAAUUUUAUUUUAAGUAUUAUCUCUUUUGCUUUUGCUUACAUCACGAUUCCCAUUCCAAUUAACUCAAAUAUUAAUGCCAUUGCAAUCACUGUUGUCGUUGUUAUACUAUUGAUUGUUAUCACCAAGUACUUCGUUAACCCUUCUUGAUUGUGUUGUUAUUUGGUCAAAUAAAUGUGGUGAAUAUAAUGACAAUUA